CAAGCAUUUUAAUUUGGGUUGGAUAGAACAUAUGAAACUACUUCCAUGAAUCAUAUUGUCCCAAGCUUGCAAAACUAGAAGCCAAAGAUUGGCCAAAACUAGAAGCCAAAGAUGGGCCAAUCCUUGCAAAAACUCACUGCUGGAAGUGAUGAAAAGAAGGCCAACGAAAUUGGUCCCAUAAUAGUAAGCUGCUACGAUAAGCAUUUCGGAAAGGCAAAGAAUGGAAAGACUGCUGCCGUAAGCAUAUCGAAAGCCGACUUCUACCAAGUUGUCUGCGAAACUGUCCAAGAAAUAAAUGAGAAGUUCGGGAACACCCAAUUUCGCAUACCCGAAUCCGAAAGCCUAAAGAAAGCAUACGAGGCUCACCACACAGGGAUGGGAGAAUUAACGAGAGAAGAGUCCCAAAAUAUCAUUCGAGAUUUGAUUCGUGGCACGGGGUUUACAGGCAGUGGAGCAAAGGAUGUGUUGCUCUACAUCUUCGGAGUGCCGGCGGUGACAUUAUUUGUGAAGCAACUGGUGGUUCCCCGUGCAAUCCCCAAUGCAAUCUUCAUUCCUGGCGUUACCUCUGGCACUGUCUUCCUUCUUGCUAAACUUCACAAGUUAUAAGCCACUCAUCAUUUAUCAAGAGUAAUGUUAUUUCUCACUAUAUGCAUUGUUCACAUAUAUGCUCUUUUUAAAUCAAUAAGCUCUGAUUUGUUAGCAUAUACGAUCUUCACGCAAUUGACUUUGGAUCUUUGACAUUCCUUAAUCUUUAUUGUGAUGAUUUACUUC